AUGGGGAGGAAGGACAAGGAUGCUCCUGCUGCUGUGCCGAAAGCGAUGAGGGAUCUUGUGAACGAGACCAUGAAGAAGUAUGGAGGGCAGCAGCAGGCUGCAUCCAAGCCGAUCGCCACACCGGUGCGAUCGGGAUCGGUGCCUCCUGUGGUGAUGACUCCGGAGCCGAAGGCUCAGACCUCUCCGAAGCCUCCGCUUAGCACCCCGAUCCCAGAGCCGGAGCUGAAGAAGAGCAAGCUGGACUACCGGGAAAGCAAAGAUUCUUUGAUUUCGAGGGAUUCUCUGCCUAAGUUGCCCAGCUUCUCAAGCUCUGAUGCUGCCUCUGCCACCAAGCCGCGACACAUCGAUACUCAGUCCACCAUCGAUAUCAAUCUCGAUGCCUUGGAUCUGAACAGAGGAGCAGAACCCAAGGAAGCGGAGCCGACGGUGACCACGGGCCAAGCGGAGCCGCAGUCGACGACAGGUCUUGAUGUCUCCCAGAUGGAGACACAGGUUGAUGUCGAUUUUGAGGACAGAGUGAUGAAUGAGCUGGAGCAGCAGCUGUAUGAGGAGGGGGAAGAAGAAGAUGAUGAUGAUGAUGAAGAUGACUCCCAGGUCCACGCCCCGCCCCCUGCAGCUGCUAUGGAAGUCUCGCCUGCAACACCCCCUCAAGCUUCGCCGAUGGAAGUUUCCCAUCCGAGUCCCGCCAAAGCCCCGGCACCUGUGCCACCGACCAUGACAGUCAGCUCAGAGCUUGUUCCGCCGCCACAGCCCAAAGCCUCCGCUGCCGCAGCUUCGCCGAUGGAAGUUUCCCCUCCGAGUCCUGCCAAAGCCCCGGCACUUGUGUCACCGGCCACGAAUGCCAGCCCACAGCCUGAUCAGAUGCCCGCUGCCAAGACUUCGCCGAUGGAAGUUUCCCCUCCGAGUCCCGCCAAGCCGCCCAGCCCGCAGCCUGAUCAGAUCUCCACUGCCAAGGCUUCACCGAUGGAAGUUUGCCCUCCGAGUCCUGCCAAAGCCCCGCCACAGCCGACCCCUGCUGUCAAGGCUUCGCACAUGGAAGUUUGUCCGCCGAGUCCCACCAAAGCCCCGGCACCUGUGCCGCCACAGCCCAAGGGCCCCCUAGUCGUGCCGCCGCCGCCAGCACCCAUGCAAGUGGAUGUGAACACCCGUACGGCUGAAGACGAUCGUGUCGCCCACUUGCAGCGACAGCUUGAUGACACUCAGAUGAUGCUCAAGAUGCUUCUUGCGAAGUUUGGGUCCAGCGAGGACCCCACCUCAGCUCUCGCAAAGGCUGCAGCCGCCCCCGAAGCUCCUGGUGCACCCGAUCCGAAGGCGACAGGCCAAGCCGUCCCAGCUGCUGCUGCACCCACUUCUGUGCCACCUCCUGCCACCGAGGCAGUCACCCUCUCGAGUGCUGCUGCACCCGAGCCGAAGGCAGUCCCCGCAGCUCCUGCUGCACCCGAAACGGCGAAGACAGUCCCCGCAGCUCCUGCUGCACCCGAAACGGCGAAGGCACCCGCCCCAGCUCCUGCUGCACCCGAAACGGCGAAGGCACCCGCCCCAGCUCCUGCUGCACUCGAUCCGAAGGCUGCCCCGGCUCCUGCCACAACCAAUGUUCAGGCCAAUCCCCCGCCGCCACCGACCCAAGAGUACCUGCACACCCAAGCUUUCCUCUACGCCAUCGUCCUGGGACACCCAGAGUGUCCUCCGGAAGUGGUGGCGAAGGCAUUCCAUCCGGGCAGCAACAAGACCCGUCCCUUGCCCAUUAUCGAGAACGGACGCAAAGUUCUCCGUCACCUGUUUGAAGUUUUCGUCAGUGCCGGUGAAGACUGGCUUCAGUCUUCGAUCGUCAUCAACUCACGCAGCAAGACUGCAAAACGCCGCAGAGGCAAGUUUGUCUGGAAGCGGCAGGGAGAAGGAGUGGCGGCCGCCAUUAAGCUCCACAAGAUGGAGUUGGAUCCCCAGUGCACGGGGAAACACUAUAUGAAACACCCCGACCUUCCAGAACGGGAGGCCGAGACGGAGGAGUCGGAUUCCGAGGAGGAGAGGAUCUUCGAGCAGGGAGCCUCCUUUACCGGAGCCGCUGCCGGCACCGUGGGGAGUGCCGUGCUGGGCACUGGUGGUCGUGGGAAUGGCAACGGUGGCAGUGGCGGCAACGAGGGCGAUAAUCCGAAGCCGGACCCCAAAAACCCCAAGCCCAAGAAGAAGGCUGCAAAGUCUGCCGCCAACGAAGCCCGCGAUCAUGUUUCAAAGGGUGCUUUGAAGCUCGUGGAUGCCGACACGCUGCUGCAGCAGCUCAUCCAGAACAAUGUGACAGCGACCUAUGCCCAGGCGAUGGUGAAGGAUAUGGAUGACCCGAUCAAGAACCUUAAGGAGGCUCUCGGCGAGCUGCAAAGCAAAAUGGGAAAAGUUCCAGAUGACCAGCUGGGGCCGUUCAAUGCUCGAGUUUCCGCAGCCUUUAAAGGCUACGACGAUGGUGUGGACUUGGGGCACAAAACACCGGCUGCAGUGCAGAGGCUAGCAAAGACUGGUGCGAGUGGCAGGUUUCAAAGCAAUGUGAAGCGAGAUAUGCAAAGAAGCUCAGUACCUCACCUGCACCGACUGAAGAUCGACUUGAAAAACAAAGCUGGCGACCAAUAUGUUCCUACUGCCGUGCCAAUCAUUGCUCCUCACGAGCUGGUGCCCUGGCUCCUGAAAAACCAACUGUUGGUACUGGACGACAAUGCUGCAACAAAGUUCUGGCAGCAUCAUUCUGCCGUUGCGAGUGGGGGUGUUUCGAAGUGCCGGAACUUCAAGGACGGCUUCACUGUGCACCCAAUGUGCAUUUACGGCGAUGAGGCAUUCAAUGGUCGUGUGGUGACGAGCUGGCUUGCCCACGAAACAGGUGUUGCUGCUGCUAGCAAAAACACCCAGCGACUCCACCUGACCGCUGCAGCACUCUUCCAUUUGCAUGACUGGUAUUGCAAAUUGGAGACAGCUGGUCGCUACCUCUCCGAUUCGGAGGCUCAAGCAAUUCACGACACGGGGGCGAAGCAUCUGGAUGCAUAUGUGAAGCUCGCUCGCCUCGCCAUUCGAGACCGCCGUUUGGCUUGGCAACUGCGACCGAAACACCAUGUCUUCCACCACAUUAUGGUCGACACCAAGAAAUAUCUUCACAACCCCCGGAAGACACACUGCUUCAGAGGAGAGGCGGCCAUGCAGCUGGCGAAAAGCGACCCGGCAUCAUCGACAUCACAUCAGUUCAUAGCUGGUUUUAUUUGUGGGAUCCCCAUUUGGCCUGCCCCACCAAACCCGAAGCCUGCGAUCGGCUAUCCAAGGACUGGCACGAGCUUCGCAUCAGCAGACUCUGGAGAGAUCUGUUUUGGUUUGCUGGUACACCCGAGCCCUGGCUGGUGGAAAGAAGCCGAAGACCAGACGCUGAUCGCAGGGCCGGAAAAUGACUCGGAAACCAAUCUUGGGUUUAGGCUUCGGGGAUUCAGUGGCGAAUUGCUCGAUUGA